AGGACGCCUGUCAGCGACUCUGGACCACGAGAUUUCCAGCACCGUAUUUGGGAUUCGGGCUCCGGUGGGCAGGGAUUGGUCACGUUGAAGCCAAAGCAUCAUUCCGUGCUGUAGUAAGAAAGAGACGAGGGGGCUGCGUGGGACGUGCGGAAAAUGAAGACGUGCCUUGGCCAGUACUUCUACGACUUAUUUUUUUCCUUUUAAAAUGUCAAGGCUUCCUUCAGCACGGUGUGUCCGAUACCGGUCAAGCUGCUCAUUUGGAGGGAUGAAAAAUCCCAGCCUUUGCAGUCUAAAGGUCCGGUUGUAUAAAUUGUGACAACGGCUGUCAACACUGAAAUCAAAAAUCGAUAUUCAAGAAUGCGAGGGAAUAUUCUUAUAAAAUCUUAACGACCCCCCACCCAUCCUUUUCUAAUUGGGAUUCUAGUUGUUCUUUUUUUUUUUUUUUUCUUUCUUAUUUUAAGGUGAGUGGUUUAGUUACUUGCAGAUUCAGCCGGAGCAGUGCUGAUAGUGACAGAUUAUUAUUGUUGAGGGUUCAUGCGAGACUUUAGGUGAAAACAUGUCUAGCCACUUCUCUGUGAGGAUCACUGCUAUCAGAGAUGGCAUUUUGGUCCAGCACUUCAGCUUUUACCUCUAAAGUGCCUCGGAAGAUCCUGUUCAUGUUUACUCUCUCCCUCUCUGUUACUUACUUGUUUUAUAGCUUGAUGAGCUGUUACAACUCGUUGCAGUUCCCCUUGCAGGAAAACCAUGUGUACCAAGCAAGGGUGGUGACUGAAGAGACAACUUCCGUCGCGUUUAGAGAGAAACUUUAUUCCACCACAACCCAUGCUUAUAUCGACGAAGAUCUAAUAUAUAAGACCUCCACUGUGCAGACGGUUACCGGGUAUGUGGUGUCCACUGUUGACCAUUCAGAAGAUGCCGAAAGCAAGCGCAGAGAAACGGAGUGGGUCGGGACUCCGCUUGCUCAUACCGAAAUGAUCGCGGGGGGUCUGAACGCAGUUUCAGGAAGAGAGCACCAGGAGUCCAGCACCAUAGACGACGAUCUCAGCAGAAGGGUGAACUGCACCCCGGAUUACGGAGUGAAAAAAUUGCCCCAAGCCAUCAUAAUAGGGGUGAAGAAAGGAGGCACGAGAGCUCUGCUGGAAGCCUUGAGGGUGCAUCCCGACGUCAGGGCGGUUGGUGUUGAGCCCCAUUUCUUUGAUAGGAACUACGAAAAAGGACUCGAUUGGUACAGGGACCUGAUGCCAUCGACACUGGAGGGCCAGAUUACCAUGGAGAAGACACCCAGCUACUUUGUGACUAACAGUGCCCCCAAACGCAUCCAUUCUAUGGCGAAAGACACCAAACUCAUCAUCGUGGUCCGCAACCCUGUGACUAGAGCCAUAUCCGACUACACACAGACUCUCUCCAAGAGACCAGAGAUCCCGACCUUUGAGGUCCUGGCUUUUAAGAACAGGACCCUGGGUCUGAUUGAUGCCUCAUGGAGUGCCCUGAGAAUUGGAAUAUAUGCACUGCACCUGGAAAGCUGGAUGCAGUAUUUUCCACUGUCCCAGAUACACUUUGUCAGUGGAGAGAGGCUUAUUGUUGAUCCAGGUGGGGAGCUGGCCAGAGUGCAGGACUUUCUUGGACUGAAGCGCAUUGUGACAGAUAAACAUUUCUAUUUCAACAAAACCAAGGGAUUCCCAUGCUUGAAGAAACCAGAGGACAGCAGUGCACCACGGUGCCUCGGCAAGUCCAAGGGCAGAACUCAUCCCAAAAUAGACUCCGACGUGAUACACAGACUACACAAGUUUUACAAACCCUUUAAUAUGAUGUUUUAUCAAAUGACAGGGCAGAACUUCCAGUGGGAGCAAGAGGAGAUGCAGUGAGUGUUUCUCAGGCCUGCAAGACUUUCAGCACUGCCAGCUGGCCCACGAUUUCCCAUGAUGCAAAGAAUCUGACUAUCAUCCCUCACUACACAAAUGGUCCGUGUCAAAAGCAAAACUUACCUGUAAUCUGCACUGUAGUUUCAGUGGCCAUAGUGGCAUCCAUAAUUGUAAAUAAUAUUUGUAAAUGAAAGAUUAUUUUAUAUUUCAUUUUCAAAAUAUUUAGGGGUACAAAAAUCGAGGCAAAAAUGUGCAACAGUUCAUGCUAAGUGUCCUUAAUAAGUGAUUUGCUUCUUGAACAUAAUGAAUUCCAAGAAAAGAACAACAUUGCUUUGUCAACUUUGUUCUUCUAUUAGAAAGGCAAUGAUGGGGUUAAAUGUGCAUUUCAUUUGAGGCAUGUCAUUUAAGACUGAAAUGUGUAAUUGCGUAUUUCAUAUUUGCACUGGUUAAGAAUACUCAGAGUGUCAUUUAAUGGUCAUACUAUUGCUUUUCAUUUACAUCGCAUUAUGUGGUAUCUGUCUCUGAGUUCUGCACAACGUGAGACAAUCAAUAUUGGUGUGAUGUUUGUCAAUGGUGGCCCUGGCGUCGAUGCCUCUGCCUUGGCCAUGCGAGAUUGAUUCGGCUCACUGUGGCCCCCCAUGUUUCGUUACUCAGGUGUGUCGAGUCAGUCUGCUGGUACUGCAAGGAAUCAGAUCAAUCCACUGAAGCUCUCGCUGCCCUUGAGAGCAUCUGAAUGCCAGGAACCCACCUUUUACAUCACAAGGCAGUGCUGUACAGUCAACCGUAAGACACAUAUGCUGUGUAAUUGUCUAAUGUAUUCUAUUUAGUAUUUCCAGAAAAUUUAUAUUUCUGUUUGUAAGCCUACCGCUGCAGUAAAGUUGCAUGCCGUACUGGAAGCAGAUCAUGGACACUGAAUAAAACGAUUCAACAGAUGUUUAUUGAUUUAAAAAUUGAUUAAACUGCAGAUUAUAAUAAAAUAUUAAAUAUAUACAUAUAUUUUUAAAACAAGGUUUAUGUUAUGUCUAUAGUACUAAAGGAAUCCCAAGAUAUAUUGCUAUGUGUUUAACUCGGUAAUGUAACCACUGUACUACAUAAACCCUCACAUGACCAAAAAACAUAAAUAUAUAUUUAUUUCUUAAUAGUACACAGUUAACAUAUCUAAACUGAAGCACAGAAUUAUUUCUUAUUUGACUCACGGCUAAUACGUUUCAGUUCAGAUUCUGAAAUGUAACAGUUUACACAGUGCAUUCUACUGCAAGAAUAUUAUUCAGUGCUCAGGAAAUCAGAACAAGAACUGAAAAACAGAGAAAAGGAAAUUUAAAAAUCAAAAUUCAAUUGCUAAUUAUUUUCACUUCAAAAUAUGUUCCAUGUUUUUUUUUUUUUAAAUAAUGUCUGUCACUCUUGAUUCGUCAGCAAUCACAUAUUGGACUAGAGCUAAGGAUAUUGAUUCCGAAUUGUUGCACAUGUGUAUUAAAAUGUCUGAAUAAGCAUUUUUAAAGAAAAUAAUAUUAUUUAAGGCAGCAUUUCAAAAGUCAGAUUUUUCCCCACAUAAAAUAUGGUAAUGAUAUUUUUUUCUCAUAUCUUGUAGUAACACAUGCUGGGAUGUAUAUUUAACUAAUAUGCUCAAUCAAAUGUGUGUCUUCAUGGAGCAAGUGCUUUCGUCUCAUAAGUGUUUCAGUUUAAUGGUCUUAUAAAAGAAUGCUAUUAAUCAAAUUGAACUGAGAGGAAAUCAAGCUUGACUGACCAAAUGAACUGUGUGUAUAAUAAAGUGUAUAAUAACCAUAUAAUAACAUAUUAAUAUAUUAAUAUCAUGCUUAUGGAUUUUAAUGUUAUGAAUAAAAGGCAAAUGGAUCAUGUACUACCUACAUAGCAACAUAUUAUUCUGCAGUUUUUGUUGGCUUAUUAUCUGUUUGUGCAUGGAUGCUCGUGGCCCUGCCCUGUGCAGGAAGGACCUUUACGGAAUGUUUUCCCAAGUUACACAGAUGACAGGUUAUGUCUUUCCCUGCAAAUCACAUUGUGCAUAAAGGCUAGGGAUAAUGCGCUCAUCUCCCACUGCUAAUCUCUAGAAAAUACUGUCAUAGCUACGACUGGAGACUCUUACUUACAGUAGUAGUAGUUUUAUAGCUACACAACUAUGAUCACAACCAACUCGGAUGACUGUUAAAGUCUCAUUAACAAUGUAAAAUGAUUCAGUUAUAAUUCAUUUGUAAUGGAAGUGUCAAUUGCUGUCUCCCUAUGAAAUAAAUCUUAUUGUACUGAUUACCAGUCUAAGUCUAAAAACAUGCAGAUAAAUGUUCUUACAACAUCUUCUUGGACUAGUCUAUUCAUCGUCCUUUCAAAUAAAAUGAUACGUUAUGAAAGAAAAUUCUGUUCCAUUGAUAGGUACAAAUCAUUGUCUUCUUGGAACUCCUGUGUGAUAAGGGGUGAUAAGGAAUGUAUGUGGUUUAGAAGGAAAAUUGAACACCUGCCCUUCUGUAUUACUCAAUGAUACGUGGAUUUGAGAACCUCAGUAAUAUGACUGCUCAUGGCUUGCUUAAUAAGGGUGAUGGAGAGAUACAUUUUAAAAAUCACGAAGAAAUCCUCAUUCCAAUAGACCAUCUGAGU